AUUUCAUAAAAAUCGUAAUCAAGUGCUUAAAUUAUUUGCAUUAUUUUCAAUACAAGAGUGCUCGCGGAGCUUUCGAAAGCUACAACCGUCAAGUCCAGUGCCGUGACAACGCUGGCGAGAUAAAACAAAAACAAACUGAUAUAUCACCUACAAAAACCCCAAAGCGAACGCAGAGGAAUUUCACCAUAGCACAAAGAACAGGGCAGUGGCUGCCAGCGCAGAGUGUAUUCAUUGCAAUUAAACAUGAAAUUUGCUGCAACGACAACCAGAGCACAACAUUUUUGUAGUAUCGCCCAGCCAGAAGAGCACCAACAGCCGCGCAAGUGUAUAAAUAAAAUACGAUCGCGUCCAGUUUCGACCUUCAUUCCUCAACCGCAAUUGGUGUUCACCAUUUCCAAACGCCGCGUGCAGCAGCAGCAGCAACAACAACACCGCCAAAGACAAUUGUGUAGGAUUGCUAAAAAUUGGAAGCACCAAAGCUUUUGCAUAGCUGCGUCCUGAUCAAAACAUCUCUUGAUCUUUAGCCUAAAAGCCAACUAAAUUUAAUUAUAACCUAAAUUCUUGUGACAAAAUCAAUAAAUCGGAAGGAACACGUGCGUUCCGUUGCCGCCAAAGCGUGUGUAGAGUAGACAUUUUGUGUGUCGUCGUGUAGACUUCUCUCAGAGGAUACACUCGGCUACAAGGAAUUUUGUACCCUUUGUGUUUGUGUGAAACUAAGCAGGCAGGCCGACCAAAUCAAACGAAAACGUCGUCGUUUUCAAAUAAAAUUCGUGAGAGACGCCAAAUCAAAAACAUCAACAAUAUGCCGAGACGCAACAAGAAAUCAGGAGGAGCACAAGGCAAAGGCCGCACCAAUGACUCGAAUUCCGAGGACGAGUCCUUUGAUAAUGUGAGCGUUUAUUCGCACGUCUCAGAGGUAGCAUCGUCGGAGGCCAACGACGACCUGGCCAACGAGCGUUUCGAGGAGAAGUUCGAGAAGGCCCUGGAACAGGCCACCGAGAAGUCGGCCCAGACCCGUGUGCAGGCUCUGCAGGCCAUCUGUGAGCUUCUGAUGCAUCGCUAUAUGCCCGAUUACGUGGAGGAUCGCAAGAUGACGCUGAUGGACUUUGUGGAGAAGAGCAUUCGUCGCGGCAAGGGUCAGGAGCAGGUUUGGGGCGCACGUCUGGCCCCACUGCUGGUGCUGCAGAUGGGCGGCGACAAGGGCAUCUCCAAGGCCAUGAAUCAGUUUCUGUUAACCACCGUGCAGGACAAAUCCAUCAGUUUCGAUGCCAGAUCCAAGUGCGUCUCAGCUUUGGGUUUGCUCAGCUUCUUGGGCUGCGAGGAUGUCGCCGAACUGGUCCGCCUCAUGCAAUAUUUCGAGGCUAUUUUCGCAGGCAGCUAUCUGCGUGGCGACGACAAGACCCCAGUGUCGGUAACCGCCGAAGCGGGUGCUCUGCAUGCCGAGGCUUUGAGUGCUUGGGGUCUGCUCCUCACGCUCAUACCACCUGGUGAUUUCGUGUCACUGAUGACCACCGGAAAUAACAUGUUCCCAUCGAUCAAGAAGUUCUUGGGCCUUUUGCAGUCACCACAUUUGGAUGUACGCAUGGCCGCUGGCGAAACCAUUGCUUUGAUACUGGAAUCGGGCCGUGCCCACGAUGAUGACUUCCUUGAGGAUGAUAUUGCUGAGCUGAGCGAGGCUGUCAAGCAGCUUGCCACCGAUUCGCACAAGUAUCGUGCCAAGCGCGAUCGCAAGGCUCAGCGUGCCACCUUCCGGGAUGUGUUGCGUUAUCUAGAGGAGGACAUUUCACCAGAAAUCAACAUUCGUUUUGGUACGGAGUCUUUGACACUGGAUUCGUGGUCCAUUCACCAUCAGUAUUCAUCCCUGUGCACAGUGAUGGGCCCUGGCAUGACCUCACAGCUGCAGGAGAACGAGUUCAUACGCGACAUUUUCGAGCUGGGAGCACGUCCAACCAACACUGGCAUCAAUGGCAAUGCCAAGAUCAAGCCAACCAAGCUGGAGCGCCAUCUGGUGAAUGCUGCCGCAUUCAAGGCACGCUCCAUUUCGCGUGGCAAGAACCGCGACAAGCGAUCGGCCGUCGUCACUUAAAACUGAAAUCA